AUGGAUCUGAUCAAAUCUGAGUCCUCUACCGGUAGCUCCGACGCCGGCCAUGGAUCGAAGGAAGCCGUAAACCGGACGCGCCAUCAGAAGAAAAAACGGGCGAAUGAAAACCCAGCUACAGAUGAAUCGAACGGUGCGGGAGCGGCGAGGAUCGAGAAUCCGAACGUGGAGGAAACUAAAAAGCUGAUAGAGUCUUUGGACGCUUUGGCCAUAGCUGCUAAGGAGAUCGAUCACGAUCAUCUUAAGGGUUAUCUCGAGAGAUAUCUGUUGCAGGAGCUUCAGCUUUUGAGAUUUUGCGUUCACCUUAAGGAAGCAUUCUCCCAAGUAUCAAUUCCAUGGGUGAAGAUGUUCAAGGAGUCUACUUUGUCCGCGCUGAUCGAUGUUCCAUUAUCUCAAAUUCCUAAACCUGUCUACGACGUAUCAAACAAGUGGAUCAAAGAUCGUACAAGUGAGAAACUUUGCAAGUUUGUAUCAAUGGCGGGUGGUUGUAUCGUCGCUGAGAUGGAAGCACAACAAGGACGUGGCAAAGGUGGGAAGAAGGGUGCUCAACAGACGUCUUCCAAGUCUGAGGUGGGAACAUUUGUUGCACUAGCAAUGGUGUUGCGUAGUAGACCUGAUGCUUUGAUCACGGUAUUGCGGAUGCUGAGGGAGAGACCCACGUAUGGAGGAGAGGACAAGCUUCCGUUUGUGGUUUGGAUGAUGGCUCAGGCCUCCCAAAAUGAUUUAUCUGCUGGCUUGUAUGCAUGGGCGCACAACUUGUUACCACUAAUGGGUGAUAAGAAGAUGAAGGUGUGCAGCCCUGAGUCAAUGGAUCUCAUCCUGCAAUUCGUUGAGAACAUUCUGUCGAAUCCAAAGGCUCGGGCCAUACUUGUGAAGGGAGCUGUUAGGGAGGGAGAGCCGCUGAUUCCACUUGCUUCAUUUGAGAUCUUGCUGCGGCUUACAUUCCCUGAUCCAUCCGCAAGAACCAAGGCUACAGAGAGGUUUGAAGCAAUUUACCCCUUGUUGAAGGAAGUGGCUCUUGCACCAGGAACGAAUACAAUGGAGCAGAUAUUCACUAGCUCCUUGAAUUUAGCUGGAGAAGGAAAUCCUGUUUUAGCCGAGGAAGCUACAGCAAUCGCUAUCUGGUCUCUGGCCAAAAACGCUGAUUGCUUUAAGCUUUGGGACAUUGUCUAUGCGGAGAAUCUAGAAGCUAGCGUUGCUCUUCUUAAGAAGCUUGUAGACGAAUGGAAGGAUCAUUCCGUCAAACUAUCUUCAUCACCGAGGGAUACUCUCACUGUCAGCCAAACUAUGAAGAGCUUCAGGCAAAAGAACGCAAAAGCCAUCACUGAAGGAGGAGCCGAUUGCUCUCUAUACAACGAAGCUGACAAGUCCUGCAAAGUGAUCUCAGGGAGAGUGGACCCUGGAAGUGGCCGCCGUUUUACAGACAUUACUGCUUUGGUUAUAGGCGCGAGUGGAGCCGCUAUUGGAGCCGCUGGGGUUACAUUUGGAGUAGUCGGCCUAAAGUAUGUACACGGCUAUUCAGACUGUUUAAUGUGUCUCUAG